AUGGCUCUCAUCAAAAUUGCAAGUCUGGUCCUCCUAGGAGUCCUAGCUACAGGGUCGACGACGGACGCGUUCGCGACGCCUCGAAGGGCGCGAGGACUCGUCGUGACACGCGGCGGCUCUGUCGACCUCCCGCCGACGAAGCCUAAACCGCUCGCGGUCGAGCUCGCCGUCGACGUCGGCGUCGUCGCCGCGACGCUGGGAUUGUUCCGCCGCGUCGGGUGCAUCCGCGCGCGGGACUGCGGCCUUCGCGUGGUCCUCGCCGCCCGGCUCUUCUUCGCCGUCGCAAAUUCAAUUCUGAUCGCGCUGUACGCGUCCGCGCUCCGGUACGCCCGAAGGCUGCCGACGUCGCCCGUCGUGGUGCAGGACAUCAGCUUCAUGGAGGAUAGAAUGCGAAAGUCGCUCUUCAAGAUCGCGGUCGUGCUGGGCCUGCACGUCACGUUUGGCCUGAUGCCGCCGCUGAUCGUCUUCAGCCUUGUUCAUUGGGUCGCCCAGCCCCUGUGGUGGGACAAGGAGACGUCGUACUACCGGAAAUACGGCCUCGGGCGAAACGGGGGGCCUCGGGCGUUCGGAGUGGCACGGAAUAUAUGGAUUUACACCAAGGAGUUUAUGAUGCCCAAGAAGUUGCCGCGAAGCGGGGGGCGGAGCGUUGGCCCAGAUGACACGACUUACAUGUACGGACUUGAGAAUUGAUCGUCUCGUCGGCGAACUAGCACACUAACUGCUUAAAAUCCUAUAUUC